AUGAUCCCCUUCCUGUGGUUCGGUAUCGCUCUGGCUACCCUGCACUUGCAUCCAGGCGUAGCCAGAGCUGACGAUAGUUCGAGUUCGAGCUGCACCGGCGAAAUCAAAAUAUCCAAGCAAUCCGACGCCGACGCGCUCUCCUCCUGCGACACCAUCUCCGGGACCCUCGUCAUCGCCCCCUCCGCCAGCGGCACCAUUUCCAUCCCCAACGUCGAAGAAAUCAAAGGUCCGCUGACCAUCAAGGACGCCGACGACCUGAACGCCGUGCGCGCUGAGGAUCUGGAAACCGUGACGGGGCCGGUCACGAUCGAGAAUAAUAAGCGGCUGACGAGUCUUAAGUUCGAGGAGUUGGGGAGUGUUGGGGGGGAGGUGAAGAUUAAGGGGAAUGACGUCCUGAAGGAAAUUGGGUUCGAUGAUUUGGAAAGUGUUAAUGGGGGGUUGGAGGUUGUGGGGGGGUUUGUUGGACUCUCCCUCUCCAACCUCGAAAAAGUCCGCGGCGUGACAUCCAUCGUCUCCACCGCGAAAGAAUUCACCUGUUCGGCUCUCGACUCUCUCCAUUCCGACGGCGUAUUUGGCAGCGACUUUACCUGCAAAAAUGAUGCCUCUUCUUCAUCCUCCUCGGACAGCGAUAACGACAAGAACGAUGGCAAUAGCGACAGCGAUAAGGAGAAUGCAGGCGGAGGAGGCCUCAGCCCCGGUGCGAAAGCCGGAAUCGCAGUUGGUGUGAUCAUCGGCGUCUUGAUCAUCCUCCUCGGGAUCUGGUUCUGUAUAAGACGACAGAGGAGGCAGAGGAUGGCGCAGAAGGAGGCGAUGGCGGGGCUUGCUGCCGGUGGUGCUGCUGCUGCCAUAGCCGGGAGUAAAGGUCCUAGCGGAGGAGGUGGAGGUGGUGGUGGCGGAAUCAGCGAUGAAGAAAAAGGCACGAGUGAUAACACCACGACCACGACUUCUUCUGUUAGUCCCGUCUCGCCAGAUGACAUGACCGCCAAUGCGCUCGCUAUACCUCGGAAACCGCUCUCUCCGGCUCCCCAAGAGACGGGGAUUGUGUCGAUAGCAGGGACGGAUUCCGCCUUAGGCACGAACUCGAAUUCGGCGAUAGGGUCAGGAACGAGGUCAACGUCAUUACCCUCAGCCUUGGUCGCAGGGGAAUCAGAUCCUCGAUUCUCGACAGUCUCGGCGCUAGGGUCGAGCGAUCAAUCAGAGUCGUUGUUCUUAAGGCCCAUGCCGAGACGUAUACCCUCGGAGUCGGAUGUGCCGAUGCUGGAUAGUGGUGAUGUUCAUGAGGCGCCGGCGCAGUCGGCCAGGGAGCUGGAUCCGCCGUUUGAGUUGGAUGCGGGACCGGUGAGGGGGACGCAUCAGCAGGCGAUUAAUCAUGAAUAG